CGGGGGCAAAACAAAAUUUCAGCUACGUAUUCAGUCUUACAGUAUUGUUCAGGUGGACUUGUGAAUGUCUCCCAGGUCCUAAGACGAGUCACACGCUCACUGAGGCCGCUGGUGUGAGUGUGUGUGCGUGGAUAACAGACUGACUUCCCUGUACAAGGAUGCUGUGGACGUGGGACAAGACGGACGCUGUGGUGAGGUGCGGGCUGGUGAGUGCCGUGCUCACCGUCGCCGCCCGUGCUGUGAUCUCCUCCUGCUGUUGGUCUUCGUUCUUUAUCCUGUGGGGCGCCCUGGCUACUCUGUACGUCAUCUCUGCGUUUCCUCAGGUGUCCACAAAGGGCCGCGCUGUUCUCAUCACCGGCUGUGACUCCGGCUUCGGCUUGCACUUGGCGUUGCACCUGCACAAACUGGGGUUCCGAGUGUUCGCUGGGUGCCUUCAAGCGGACGGACGCGGGAGAGCGGGAGCCGAAAGCUUACAGAAACUUAAAUCAGAUCGCCUACACGUGGUGCAGCUGGAUGUGACCUCGCAAGCCCAGGUGGACAAGGCAGUGAAGGAGGUUAAGAAGAUAUUGCCGGAUGGAGAGGUGCUAUGGGGCCUCGUGAACAACGCGGGCUGGGCCACAUACGGGGACGUGGAGUGGGUGUCGCUGGAUACUGUGAGGCGAAUUGUGGAUGUGAACGUGCUGGGGCUGAUUGCGGUGACCAAGGCCUUCCUGCCGCUGCUUAGGAGGAGCAAAGGGAGAGUGGUGACCAUAACUAGCGGCUUGGCACGGAUGGCAGUCCCUAUGAGGUCCUCCUACGUGCUCACCAAAUACGCAACCGAGGGCUUCUGUGAUUGCCUCAGGUACGAGAUGAGGUCUUGGGGAGUACACGUGUCUAUCAUCGAACCUGGGAACUUUAUUGCAGGUACCUCAAUCUUCACGGAGGCGUCUAUUCGCGAGAUGGCUGCUAAGAUGUGGGAGUCCAUGGACCCUGAGGUGAAGGCGGACUACGGCAGGGAGCGCUUCGAGGCACGCGUCCAGCUCAUGAAGUCCUACUCCAACAGCGGGGACACGGACGUCACCCCUGUGCUCAACGCUUUCACGGAGGGUCUGGUGCAGCGGUGGCCUCAGGUCCGCUAUAACCCAAUGAAUGUCUACUUUCGUACCAGAGUCUUCAUCGCGACGCAUCUUCCUGAGUGUAUUUACGAGAAGAUAUACGUUGGCUGAGAGAUGGAAGAUUGGGUAGUGCGGCUGUGGGGAAACAAAGAGGUCGAGUAGUGAUUGGUGCGUUGAGUGAGAGAAGAAGGAGAAGAGACGCGGGAGUUGGCUGGGUGAGAGAUGAGAGGAUGGAGUGUGGUUGUGGGGAAACUGGAAGGUUGGGUGUUGGGGAGUGACAGGUGCCUUGAAUGAGGAAAAUUCUGGCAGAGGAGACACUGGAGAACACCAUGGUAAGUGAGAGAUGAGAGAAUAGUUGUGUAGUUGUGGGGAUAUAGGGAGAUCAGGUAGUGGUUAAUAAUUGGGAUGAUGAAUGAGGAUACCUAGUAUUGAAGGAGAGACUUAAAAAAAAAAAAAAACACGUAGAAGAGCAGAAGGAACGGUAUUCUCAAAAGUAAUAGUGAUUGGUUUUAUGAAGACUAUGAGUGGAAGAGCAAAAAAGUUUACGUACUUGAAAAUCUGAUUCUAAGUAUUUUACGUUCGAAUGCUGAUUGUACAAAGAUCCUCAGUCAGGUAAAAUAACGUAAGCCAGAGAGAGAGAGAGAGAGAGAGAGAGAGAGGAGAGAGAGAGAGAGAGAGAGAGAGAGAGAGAGAGAGAGAGAGAGAGAGAGAGUUUCCUUAAUGGCUGAAUGCAUAUUAUCUUCGUUUUCCUUUCACAACCAUUAAAAGAGAAAUACAU